AUGCCACCCGCACACAAGCGAAACAUCGAUGAUUCGAGGUCUGAAACUUCCAGUUCGGUACCAAAUCACAAAGAUGGCAAGAACCAUAUAGGCCCGACCAGCGGCCCAGGGAUCCCCAAGACCAAACGUAUAGUCAAUGGCUCUUCUGCCAAAGCCCCUGUGAACGUCUUGGCUGGGUCUGCUCCGGCAGUAGCCAUCAAUCCUCCUAGCGUUGUGGACAAGGAUCCCAAACUUCCGCGUACAGAUUGGAUCUCAACUCCCAACGCCGUUCUCCGGACCUACCGGACAGCCUACCGCCUUCACGUCCCUUCCACUUUCUCCCAUCCGCACGCCGACAUCAUAUACAACUCAUCACAGACAGGCCUCCGAGCCCCUUCAGCAGUACUUGCUCGUCGCAGACUUCGCGAAGAGAAGCACCGAAGACGGAAACUCGACCAUGACCAACAGAUCAACGGUACCACCACCACAUCUUCCAACAAGAUCGGCAAAUCUAAGAACAACCUUCGCCAGGGCGAGAAGGAUAAGACCAUGACGAAAGAAUUGAAUGCAGAGACAUCCAGCACAACGGGGUCUACGGUAGCACAGUCCAUAGAGCCCCCGGACGCCACGCAAAGCAGCGAUCAGACUCAGGCCCGGACUCAGCCUCACCCGCCCUCCUCCCCAUCCUCCACCUCGACGACGUAUCUCGGUCCACGCGAGCCAGGGUCGCAGCUGGCUGCCGUGGUGCGCAAGCACUUUAACGCACAGCAGGUCAGUGAGGCCGACACCAUCGCCCGUUUCACCUAUGUUGUCCAGCAAGCCGGCCGAUCUGUAUGGACUGAAGGGUGUGGGGGUGAUAGUACCGGCUACUGGAUGGGCAGCCAUGGCCGCGAGGUCAGGAAGGCCGAUGGCCCUGGUGGUGAAGUCGGCUUUCGUCUUCGAUUUCGUCCCUGA